AUGCGUGAGAAAGAGCUGCUUGGUGUGGCCAAUUGUGGUGGUCACUUCUACAUUGCGACCUAUGGCAUCAAGAUCGAGCAGUCCGCAAACACUUUCAUUGCAUGGCAGCCUGCCCAUGCACAUGGUACGAGCUUGAUUGGGCAUGGGCCACCGAGCAAGGAUUCCCCGCCAUCCGCACAGCAGGGUCUCAGCUUCGUUAGCAGCAUGCGCUUGGCAUCCACAUGGAGGAAGUACAAGGCCAAUGAGCUGACACGGGAGGAGGCAGAAGCGGAUUAUAUCCGAGGAUUGGAGGAUGACACAGAUGCUUGA